AUGCCGUGGGACGACUGGCGGAAAGACUUCAACAAGAAGCUGGACGACUUUGGCGAGGAUGCGAAGCACAAGUUUCGGCAGCAGCGCGAGGCAAACGCCGGUGGCUCGUCCAGCGGCAAAGUGGGACUGCAGGACCGAAUGAACAUGCUCAAGGGCGAGAAUCCACGAUGGAAUCGCGAUGUAGAAGCGAGAGCGGGGGGCGAGGAUCAUGCCUCCACCGUUGUGCCGGAACGAAGCCGUGUGCCGCCCGCACCCCCUUCGGCCCUGAACAAGGGCAGACCACCUCCUCCGCCCCAGCGCGGGUCGCACAGUGCGGCGACAGCAGCGCCAGCUCCCGCUCUACCACCACGAAUGCAGAAUGAAGACGGCACGAAUCAUCCACCUCCUCCCUACCCACCUGCUGCUCACGCUUUCCCAGCGAGUGACGGAGCGGGUUACAUCCAGUUCUCAAAGUUCUCGCAGCAAGACAAACAUGCUUUCUUCAGCCUUCUUGACGAGUACUUUGAGCAGCGCGAUUAUCGCCAGCACUGA